CUUUUACGGCGCAUGAAGAUGCUUUCCCGAAACUGAGUGGCUGGAAACCAUCCAUAAGAGACGAUGGCUCAGGCCGCGGAAACGUGUGCUGAAUCUGGACGCAGGCUGCGCUCCAUCUGCCGGAGGAUGUACGACGAAAACGAGGAUUUGUCUGAUGUUGAAGAAAUGGCAAACAUCAGAGGUUUCAGCGUGGAGGAAAAGCUUGUUAGUAGCAGCUACAGUGCAAACUUUGUCCACUUGAUGGAGGGUAAAGACUUCACUUAUGAAUAUGUGCAAAGGGAGGCUUUAAGGAUCCCACUCAUUUUUAAAGAGAAAGAUGGACUAGGGAUCAGAAUGCCUGAUCCAGAAUUUACUGUCAGUGAAGUUAAAGGCUUAGUUGGCAGUCGUCGGUCUGUGGAUGUAAUGGAUGUGAGCACUCAGAAAGGCUCUGAAAUGAGCAUGGCUCAGUUUGUGCGUUAUUAUGAGACACCAGAAGAAGAGCGGGACAAACUCUUCAAUGUCAUCAGCCUAGAGUUCAGCCACACUAAGCUGGAGAACCUCAUCAAGCGACCCACAGUGGUGGAUCAAGUCGAUUGGGUGGACAACAUGUGGCCUACUGAUCUGAAACAAAGCCAAACAGAAGCCACCAAUGUGAUCUCAGAGAUGAAGUACCCCAAAGUGCAAAGGUAUUGUUUGAUGAGUGUGAAGGGCUGCUACACAGACUUCCACAUUGAUUUUGGAGGCACUUCGGUUUGGUAUCACGUAUUCAAGGGACAGAAAGUGUUCUGGCUGGUACCUCCAACCCCUCAUAACCUUGCCCUGUUUGAAGACUGGGUCCUUUCAGGCAAGCAGAGUGAUAUCUUCCUGGGAGACCGAGCUGAUGGAUGCCAGAGAGUGGAGCUUAAGCAAGGAUACACCUUCUUCAUCCCAUCUGGGUGGAUCCAUGCUGUCUACACUCCUGAGGACACACUGGUGUUUGGAGGCAACAUUCUGCACAGUUUUAACAUUCCUAUGCAGCUUACCAUCCACGAGAUAGAGAAUAGGACUAAGGUUCAUUCCAAGUUUCGUUUCCCUUUCUACUAUGAGAUUGGCUGGUAUGUCCUGGAGAGAUAUGUGCACUGCCUGACCAAACGGUCCUACCUUUCUCAGGAGAUCCGUAAAGAGCCUGUAGUAAUGGACUACGAGACAAAGGCAAAUACAGAAAGCCCCUCCUCUGACUCACGGAGCCAGGACAUGAACGAGGACUCGUGUGAGACUCAGGUCAGGGAUGACCAGGGCGAAAAAUCAGAGAGAGUCGGUCAAGAUGGCCCCUGCUCGCCUGACAACGUGAAGGGCCAACACCUUAAAGCUGUUCUAUCUGUCGACUCCGAGGACAGCUGUAAUCCCGGCUCCACCUCUCUAGAUUUCCCCAAAACCCCCUCUGACUCUCCAGCCUCAGAGUCUCCGAAUAAAUGGACUCACCUGACAGAGUUUGAGCUAAACGGGCUCAGGACGCUGGUUGAGAAGCUGGAGUCACUCCCUGAAAAUAAGAAAUGUGUCCCAGAGGGAAUAGAGAACCCACAAGCCCUGCUGGAUGACAUGAAGGUUGUCUUAAAGGAACACGCUGAUGACGACCCUAAACUCGCGAUCACUGGAGUUCCUGUGGUUUGCUGGCCUAAGAAAACUAUAAAGCCCCGGCCUCCCAACCGGCCGAAACCUAAGAUGGCAGCUUCUCCUGCAUCAGCAGUCAAGCUGUCAGCGAGUCGGGGAACAUCUGGUGCCAGGAGGAGAAGGACGCGCUGUCGGAAGUGUGAAGCAUGCCUGCGCACGGAGUGUGGAGAGUGCCACUUCUGCAAAGACAUGAAGAAGUUCGGUGGGCCGGGCCGUAUGAAGCAGUCUUGCAUCAUGAGGCAGUGUAUUGCUCCGGUUCUGCCCCACACGGCAGUGUGUCUUGUCUGUGGAGAGGCUGGGAAGGAGGACACAGUGGAGGAUGAGGAGGAGAAGUUUAACCUCAUGCUCAUGGAGUGCUCCAUCUGCAAUGAGAUUGUUCAUCCUAACUGUCUUAAGGUAAAAGAUUCAAGUGGAGUCGUCAAUGAUGAGUUGCCAAACUGCUGGGAAUGCCCAAAGUGCAACCAUGCUGGAAAAACAGGGAAAGCCUCAAAGCAAAAAAGGGGGCCAGGAUUUAAGUACGCAUCAAACCUCCCAGGGUCGCUAUUGAAAGAACCGCGGUUAAACCGGGAUGCAAAGGAAGAGCCCGACCCUCCCAUGGUGGCUACAGCAACUGUUACUGCUUUGACGACCACGUCUGCUGUGAAAAGAAAGGCAGACAGAGACGAAAUCUCUAAGAGGAAAGAUGAAGAGCCUCCAAAGAAACGUCCCCCGUUGCUGUCUCUGGAUGGGUCGCCCCGGCCAAGACUUGAGGACAACCCGUUGAGGAAAAAGAGGAAACUUUUUGACACCAAUGACGAACCUGUCAUUGUGAAAAAGAAGAAGAAGCUUUCAAAACUUGAUGAUCCCUUGACUCCAAAGCUGUUGCGGCAAAUCAAGACCGAGAACGAUCACGGCGAUGAAGACGAUGACCAGGACGAUCAUGACGAAGACGGGUUCUCCUUGGACAGGAUGCAUUUAAAGGAGAAAAAGGAGUAUGAUGAUGAGGACCAAGAGGAAGAUGAGGAGGAAGAGGAAGAUUCGACAAAAGAGAGAGACAGUAGUGCAGAUGACAAAUCCAAGGUCUUGUUAAGUCCACUGCUGAGAACUUCAGCAGCCAGAGAAAGCGACCAAUCCUCCUCCAACUCUCCCAGAGCUGGACCGAGCAGCGAGUCAGGAGACGCCCCGGAGAGGAGCUCUGCUCAGCUGAAGGCUCGCCAUCAGCGCAGACGCCUCCCCAACAAAGAGCUGAGCAAAGAGUUCAACCAGGAGAUCCCCAAGACAGAAGACUGUCUGAACAACCAGAACCACGGCGCUGUGAAGACAGAGGACAGCCCAGCCAAUCACAAUCGACGACCACUGAAGAACGAGGACAGUGUGACCAAUCAGAACCGUAAACCACUAAAAACGGAGGACUCAACCACUAAUCAGAGCCGGAGGGCCGUUAAAAUGGAGGAAGGUGUGGCCAAUCACAACAGACGGCCGCUGAAAACAGAAGACAGCCUGGCCAAUCAAAACCACAGGCCAGUAAAACCUGAACCUGAGAGCGAAGUAGAAGACUCAAAGCCUAAAUGGCCUCUUAAUAACGGCAGCAGCGACCUGGGAGACUGGCUGCGACACAGGGGACGGGAGGUUAACGGGACACCACGCGGUUACUCACCUCUGGGCUGGAACAGAAACACACCAAUCACACCAAUAUGCCCACGCCCACUUCCCUGCCGGUCACCGCCGAAAUGUAUCCAAAUGGAGCGGCAUGUGAUCCGACCCCCUCCCAUCAGCCCCCCACCCGACAGACUGCCACUGAACGACGGCGAAGCACAUGUGAUGCGACGAGAGACAUGGAUGACGGUUUUCAGUCACCUGACUCACAGAGAUCUUUGCGUCUGCAUGCGUGUCUGCAGGACGUGGAACAGAUGGUGCUGUGACAAGCGGCUUUGGAAGCACAUCAAUCUGAACCGUUGCAAGUCCAUCACACCUCUCAUGCUGAGCGGCAUCAUCCGGAGACAGCCAGUAGCUCUGGACCUCAGCUGGACCAACAUCUCCAAGAAACAACUCAGCUGGCUCAUCAACAGGCUGCCAGGUUUGCGUGUGCUGCUGUUGUCAGGAUGCUCCUGGGUGGCAGUCUCUGCUCUUUGCACCUCCAGCUGUCCUCUUUUGCGAACUCUGGAUGUUCAGUGGGUUGAGGGACUGAAAGAUGCUCAGAUGAGGGACCUGCUGUCGCCUCCUACAGAUAACAGGCCAGGUCAGUUAGACAACAGGAGUAAGCUGCGUAACGUAGAGGACCUGCGUCUGGCAGGUUUGGACAUCACAGACACAUCUCUGCGGCUCAUCAUCCGCUACAUGCCGUUGUUGUCCAAACUGGACCUCAGCUACUGCAACCACGUCACUGACCAGUCCGUCAACAUCCUUACUGCUGCAGGGACGACUACCAGAGACUCCCUCACUGACAUCAACCUGUCAGUCUGCAACAGGGUCACAGACCAGUCGCUGACCUAUUUCAAACGCUGCGGAAGCAUAUGUCACAUCGACCUGCGCUACUGCAAACAGGUGACCAAGGAGGGAUGCGACCAGUUCGUUGCAGAAAUGUCCGUCAGUGUGCAGUUUGAACUGAUAGAGGAGAAACUGCUGCAGAAGAUCAGCUAGGAAGAAAAAACAUGGGAGGACUGUGUGACAUUCACAAGUGGUAAAACUACUGUCCACAUGGAGGCAGCAGAUGACUGCAUGCUUGUGGAGAGCGGCGCCGUGUUUCAUAAACAUCUGCGGACCAAUGAACAGACACAAGGGCAGUGUGUGUUUCCGUAAAAGGUGAUGUAAAGGGAAGCUGCGCUGCUAAGCCAGAAUGUAAAAAUGGAAAAUGGACAUUGUCUCGUGAAGGCAAUAUUGCAAAAAUGUCUUUUUGUUGUUGCUGUUGUUUUUCUGAAAUCUUUGCACCUGUUUAUAAGUUAUUUAUUUCUUUAUAUUGACUGUUUAUGUAUUGUACCAUGAUUAUCUUUCGGUGUUCAUAGACUAUUUUUUGUUCCAAUGCAAGCUUUAUUGCAUUAUAGAGUAAUAUUUUUGUAUCAGAAAGUGUUUCAUACAUUUAUGUGCAGCAUUGAAUGCACCAGUGUACAGUAUCAUACUAUUGAAAUUGAUAAUAAAUCAGCAUUAAUGUUAAGCUCUUUAUUCUCGAGAGGCAAAGGUCUAAUGAUUUGUUGCCAACUGUAGGAUGGUAGCUUGUGUUUGUGUGGGUGUUUUUUAUGUUUUAUUAUAUGUGUCAGUGCUCUGUUUCUGAUCGGACAAAGGUACUGUACAUUUUGUUUUCCUUUAGACUACAUACAAUGUUGCUAUGUCCCUUUGGGCGAGAUAUUAGAUAUCUCAAGUUAUUUGCACUGAUACAGCUAAAAUGAAUACAUGAAUGUAUUCACACAUACACUAUACAGUGUACAGUGUAUAAAGCAUAUUUUUUCAUCACUAAAAUGUUCCGGACUAACAGCUUCUGCAGUGGUUACUGGGUUAUAUUAAGACAUACCUGCAUACAAAAGGUGUCUGUCAGUCUCCAUCACUUUUUAGUAGUAUCUGUGCUUUGUGAAAGGAAGCGUUUUAGCUCUGCAUGCAGCAAAAAAAUCUGUUUACACCACAGUCAAUAGAUUUAGUAACUGUUAAACAAUAUAAUCAUUUGUUCACUCCUGUCAUUAGCUGAACUCCACAUGUAGUAAAAUUUAAAAAAAAAAGAAUCAUGCAGAUAAAGAAUCAACAAAGUCCAGGGUAAAAUGUUCUUUAGAUAAGAAAGUUUUCUUUCUCCAAAGAGGUUGAAUGAAACAAAUGAUUUCUCAACAUUUUUUUUCAUGUGUGGCCCUUUUUUCUAAAACUCUCAUGACCCCAGAAAUUAGAAAAGAAUGUUUUUAUAUCAUGGUGAAUUAUUUUAUUGCUACAUUUUUUUUCUAUUUUGAACUAAAACACAUCAAGCCAAUAUCAGUAAAUCAGUCCAGUAAAUCUGUGUCCAUCUCCAGACUUUGGGUCCCGACCAAAGUUUGAGAAACCUUAAGGUCAAAUACACAGUGUUUUCUUUUAUACAGUAUGAGAAAGGCUCAUAGGCCCUAUACUAUAUGUCCAUGUCAUUUAGCCUGUGCCAUUUGAAGAAUCAGCAGAAAACAUCUUUCCUGAAAGAUUUGUGAUUUGUGAAACUGGAUUUUGUUUAUUUUUUACUCUUCAGAGAUUCCACUGAACUAAACACUUAUGAACACUGGUUGUUUUCUUUAAAAUUGUUUCCGAAAAGUUAAAUUUUUAUGACUUCUGAGUUAAAACUCUUGAAGAUAAAGGACAUUGCAAUCUAAGGCAUUAGUAACUGACGUUUUCUUAAGUAUUGUUCUUACAACCGUUAAGGCAUUCAGAAAUUGCAAAUUUUGCUAUUGGUAAUUGUCUAAAAAAAACUGACUCGACAGUUAAAUGGUUUGAUAGGUUUGCAUUUUUCUUGAUUUUUAAAAACAAAACUUUUUUAAAAGUCUUUAAAAAUCUUUAAAAGGUUUAUUGUUGAUACAAUUCAGUGGAGGGUUUACAUUUUAUUUGUUUGUUUUUAUUAAAUGACCAUGUCUCCAUGAAAUAUUUUAGUACAUGACUGUAAAUGUUCUAUCUGUACAUAAUGUACAUGUAAAGCCUCUAGGAAAAGUUAAGUCAACCUUUGAGAUAUUAAAUUCAUUUUAAAUACUGA